AUGCCAUGCAGUGGAGAGCGGGUUGGCUCUAAUGGUGAGAGAAUUGUUUGCCAAAUCUGUGGCAAACCAAGUCAUCCGGGCCUUGAUUGUUAUAAUAGGAUGAAUGCUUCUUUUGAAGGAAGAAUUCCCACUCAACGCCUCGCAGCCAUGUCGUCUGCCCCUGUCACUCUCAACAAACAACAGAACGGCAAUAGUUCUCACCAAAUAUCCGGAUUGAUUCAGCGCUUGGGUACGUUGUUCUCCAUGAAAGACUUAGGAACCCUUCAUUAUUUUUUGGGGGUUGAAGUCAACUAUUAUGGGACUGCUAUGCAUCUCUGUCAAUCUAAAUAUGCAUUGGACUUGCUAUCUCGUACCAAAUUCACUGAAGCCAAGCCUAUAUCUACUCCCGUCUCAUCUGGUCAAAAGCUCAGUGCGCAUUGGGGAGAACUGUAUGACAAACCAGAGGUGUAUCGUAGUGUGGUUGGAGCACUACAAUACCUCACAAUUACACGCCCAGAUCUGUCCUAUGCUGUCAACCAAGUAUGCCAGUUUAUGCAUGCUCCCAAAACAACUCACUGGAUGGCCGUCAAACAGAUUUUACGAUAUUUGAAGGCCACGCAUACUCAUGGUCUUCUAUAUAAACCUGGACCUACUCAACUCAGUGCUUUCUCUGAUGCAGAUUAUGCAGGGAAUCCGGAUACUCGUCAUUCAACUAAUGGUUUUUGUAUAUAUCUUGGUUCCAACCUUAUAUCCUGGAGUUCAAAGAAGCAGAAGACUGUUUCUAGGUCUAGUGCUGAAGCCGAGUACAGGCAGUUGGCAUACACUGCGGCUGAGCUCUCCUAG